UGUAUUAAUCCUGAUCAUUAUUUUCCCACUUACAUUGAUGCUAGAAAUUUGAUUCUAACCUGUCAUAGAAAAUGAAGAAAGCUACAAAUAUUAUGAAAAUUAUAAAGGGAAUUCCCAGCAUGUAUAAAUAGUCUCUUGAUCUUGUAGUUAGCUCAAUAUAAUAUGCACCAUAUCGAUUAUUUUACGGCAGCCAGUUUUAAAACAAUUAAAGUUAUUCAUAACCCACAAUAGUUAAAUCCCAAAAGAUAUCAGCUGAUAGCCUUGUUAUGUACGAUAUUAUUUAAUGUUUAGAGCUAUUCGAAGUUUUUGUCUUUAGCAAAGUAACAUGUAUCUGCGACCAUUAGAUAUAUGUUUCAGUCACGACUCUAUUGGCCGUUCUUUUGGUCGUUGUACUUCUCAUCCAUACAGACCGAUUGGUGAAACAUUGGACGAUAUUCUGACUGGAAAGAUUAAUGUCGACUCCAUUUCUAGUAUUUCUGUUUACAAAAAGAAUAAAAAAUGGUUCACAGCUGACAACAGAAGAUUGUGGGUGUUCCAGGAGGCAGAAAAACGUGGGAAGUGUAGCGAAAUUUAUGUCCGAGAGACCCUCUACAUUGAUAACAACAAAUUUACGACAAAGAACAAUGGUGUAUCCGUUUAUGUCCGAGGGAAUCCGGGUGGUUAUCUAUGGAGAAACGUACCUACAAAGAGCAUACAACCGAACAAAAACCCUAAAAUCACGUCUUUGCAAACGAUCCCGACCAGUUCGGCCUACACACACCAAAAGUGUAGUAAGGAGACGGAUACCAGUGGUACAUUUUUGACGAAACUUGAACGAAAUGUUCCAGCGUUUUAUGAAAUUUCCAUGAAGGACCGUGAAGAAGAUUUAUGUUCUGAAAAAGAAACAAGAGAUAUUGAGCCAAUGGCUGUAGACUCUAUAGAAACAAGAGAUAUUGAGCCAAUGGCUGUAGACUAUAUAGAAACAAGAGAUAUUGAGCCAAUGGCUGUAGAUUAUAAAUAUGGAACCCAAUAUUAUAGUAUUGAUGUUGACUCUGAUUCUGAAGAUAAAAAAUUACCCAAUUUUCCUUUCGUUUCAAAACCUUCAAACCAACAGGACAACACCAAUGUCUUUUGUCAGCAUUGUAGCAAAGCAAAGAGAAAAGUAACUAAAACAGCGAUGGAAGAAAUGGUUGGAGACGAAAGGAAAAUAAAAUAUAGAGAAGAGGCUGCAAUCAAUUCACAUGAUAUUCCAAGAAAUUCCAUUUAUAGUCCCUUUUUGAGUUCCAAUUCAAAGAUAUAUGAACCAUUGGAGAAUAGGGAUGCUGUUGUGACUAUUCGUAAUGAAACCACAUACGUGAUUGACAACUUCCGUAAAUGCUCCGAAUUAAAACACUGUAAUUUUGGUCGAUUUUGUUUAAUUUUGUUAGUUAUAGCUUUAUUGUGUUUAUUUGGAAUCAUAAUACAUGAAGUAACUUAAUGACAUUUUAGCCGACUUCAGAGAAAUAAUCUUCAUGCUUGUUUCUAUAGGUAUGAUGAAGAAUACAGAGUACUGUACGUGUAGUAUUCAUCUAUAAAAGCAUUUCUACGUUGGUUUUGAAUUACGUUACAUCCUAAGACUGUGUCAUAUUUGAAUUGGAUCUUGGAAAAUACGAA